GUGGCAUUCGAAAAUGACAGGGAAAACGUGAUUAUGAGUAAAUAAGAAAUUAAGUAAACUCAUUUACUUAAAAAUAUUUCUAAUAAUUGUGUUCCAAGGUAAAAAUCAUGACAGACGGAUUUAUUCACUCAAUAAAAGUUCCUCGGCUUUAUAAAGAAGCUGCAAAAAUAAUUCAGGAAGUCGCUGAGAGUGGUGGCAGUAUUAAGCAAUUAGUUUUUGAAAAAAAGUACUUCAAUGUAAAUGCUUUGUAUGCCUUGGUAUUAUUGCCAAUUAAAAAAGCAACUGAAAUUGCCUUUUUGUUGAAAAGGAUAAAUCUGUUAGAAAAAGAGCCCAGGUUAAAUCCGUGGCUAGCAAAAGUUUUAAUAUCCGAAUUAUUGUGGGGCAAAAAGUGUCUGCCCCAAAUUGAAUGCAAACCUAUUCAGACAAUUCUGGCUUAUGAACAAUCCUUUAAAGCACACCUCAGCGAUACUUCCAUAAAUAAUGAGACAAUUUCAGUUAAUAUACCAAAAAAGAAGCCGCGGUAUGUUCGUAUCAACACGUUGUUAAUAACGUUUGAAGAAGCAUUAGAUCAUUUUCAAAGGGAGGAUUGGAUUUUAAUUAAUCCUCAUUGCGAUUAUCGUCAAUUCCUGGAGCAGGUGGAAAACUUGUCGGGUAAUUAUUUUCUUAAAGACCUCCACGUACCGAAUUUGGUAAUAUUUCCAUCGGGCACGAAAUUCUUCGGACAUGUGGGUUAUAGAGACGGGUGGAUCAUACUGCAAGACAAGGCCAGUUGUUUGCCGGCGCAUAUUUUAAACCCUGUUCCUGGAAGUGUAGUAUUGGAUAUGUGUGCGGCACCGGGCAUGAAGACCACUCAGUUAGCGGCAAUGUUAAGCAACGAUGGUACAAUCUAUGCCGUGGAAAGAGACGCGAGGAGGUAUAAAACUCUCGAGAAAAUUGUAGGAACUAGUGGCGCCACUUGUGUUAGAACAAUUAAUAAUGAUAUAUUGGCGUGCACUAAUACAGAGUUUCCUGAAGUCAAAUACAUUUUGGUCGACCCAAGUUGUUCAGGUUCAGGAAUGACCGAUCGGUUAGAGUUUCAUGAAGAACAAAGCAAAGCGCGCCUAGAAAAAUUGGCAGGUUUUCAAAUAAAAAUUUUGAGGACUGCUCUGACAAGAUACCCUAACGUAGAGAGAGUCGUAUAUUCUACAUGUUCCACUUAUCCUGAAGAAAAUGAGGAUGUGGUCAGACAAGUUUUAGAGACAAACUAUGUUUUUAAGUUGAUGGACGCGAAAAAAUUGGUUGACGAAAACUGGUUAAGUUACGGUUCAUCAGACUACGGAGAUAUUGGAAAAUUUUGUUUGUAUGCGAAACCAGAUAAGGAUUUUACAAACGGUUUCUUUGUAGCUGUUUUUGAGAGAGUAAAAGAAGGGGAACGCAAUGAAUUUUUUAAUAGUAAACUUUUCAAUUAUAAGAAGCACAUUGAACAGAAAAGAAUCAAUAGGGAAAAUCGGAAAAUCAUUACAAUCGAAAAAGAAAAGGACGACAUCGAAGAAAUUAAUGACGUUAUUAGUUUAGAGCGGCAUAAAUGGAAACAUACUGAAGAAUGUAAAGAGAGUGAAGGUUUAGCUAUGCAGCAAAAUGAUAAGCUGGAUCAAAAUAAUAGUGAUGCCACUUACGAAUUACACACGGAAAAGGAGAAAUCAGGAACUCACUUGGAUGAAAGUGAGGCAAACAGCGAUAAGAAAAAAAAAGAUAAAAAAUCAUAUUCAAUAAAAAAUGCUGACUUAGCUGUUACUAGGGAUGAAGAGUGUAAUUUACAUUUAAAGGAAGAAGCUGAUGAAGAUUGUAUCAUGUCUGAUUCUAAAUUGAAGUUUUCAGUAGGAAAGAUAAAAAAAACGAAAUUGCUAAAAAGUAUAGGUUAUAAGAAGCAAGCAAGCAAUAAUUGUGAAUUAGGUCUUGAUGUUUGUACCGCUUGCGAUUUUAAACUAAAUUGUUUAGUAGAAAAAAUGGAAAAAACGAAAGUGAAGUACACAACAGAUGCUAAUACACAAGUUUGUAAUAGAGAUGAGGAUUGUACCAAGUCUGAUUUUAAAUUAAAUUGUUCGGAAGACACGAUAAAGAAAAGUAAAUUGCAAAGAAGUGUUGCCUGUGAUAAACAAGUUAGUAACAGUAAGCUAGGUCAUGAAAUUUGUACCACUUCCGAUUUUAAUUUCAAUGGUUCAGUAGAAAAGAAAAAGAAAAUUCAAAAAAUGAUAGAAGUUAAUGAUUCUAUAAUUAAUUGUUCAGUAGAAGAGAUAAAGACAGGGAAAAAUAAAAAAAUGACGGAUGUUAAUCAAGUUAACAAUAACGAGGUAAGCGACAAAGAUUGUGUCACAUUCAAUUCUAAAUUGAAUGAUUCAGUAGAAAAGCGAAAAAACAGGAAAAUUCGAAAAACGAUAGAUGUUAAUGAGAUUGAUAAUAGCGAGGUGCAUGAUAAAGAUUGUACCGAGUCCAACACUAAAGGGAAUUGUCCAGUAAAACAGAUAAAAAAAAAGAAAAAUGGAAAAACGAUAGAUGUGAAUCAUGUGCAUCAUAGUGAGAUUGGCGAUGAAGAUUGUGCUAAGAUCAAUUCUAAAUUGAACGAUUCAAAAAUGUGGAAAGCAAUAGAAGAUAACAAGGAAGAUAAACAAGUUAGUCACAAGAAAGACCAAUUAAAAUUAGCCGUAAUUAAGAAUGAAGCUGAAAAAAAAGAAAGUGAUUUAGAAUUAAUAUUUAAAAUUAAUAAAAAGAAGCAUCGAAAAAACUCGCAUGAUAAUUCGGAUGCGUUUAUUAUCCCUGUAAUUGGAGCAAAAUCGAUGUGCAAAUUAGAAAGAAAAAAAAGGAAAAAAUCCAACAGUGCGGACGUUGAUAUACAAUUGGAGACAAGUGAUGAAUAUUAUAAAAAGAAAAAUCGAAAAGAAACACUUGAUAAUCUUGACGUGUUUAGCUCCAUUGGAGCAGAAUCAACUGAUGAAACAGAAAGGAAAAAAAGGAAAAAACCUAAAAAGAAUCGAAGAACGUCGCUUAAUAGUUUCGAUGCGUUUAGCCCUAUUAGAUCAGAAUCAAUUUCUGAAGUAAAAAGAAAUAAAAAGAAAAAACCCACAAGUGUGGACAACGAUAUACAAUGGAUGACAAAUGAUGAGGGAUUAAAAAUUAAUUCAAUGCUAAAUAAAGAUAACACGAAAUCAAAACGUGAAGUAUCUAAGCAUGUAAAAGAUUUUGGUCUCAUCGAUAUUACUGGCAAUUUAGUUACCGAAUAAGAAGGUAAUUUCCGCAAAGAAUAAGAAAACAAUUGAGGAAAGAACCGUGACUACUAGCGUGUUGAUCAGAUCCGUUUUAAUUUUGUUAUUACUGUACUUUUUACUGAUAUUACUUAAUUUCCGACCAAUAAAAAGACUGUAAUCAGAAAAGUUUUUUCAAAAUAUAAAACUUUAUUGCCAACCGUGUUUUCUUUGUUUUUAGUUUUGUGUGUAUUUAUAUUAGCAGAGUGCAAGAGGCGAAUUAUAUAUUAUAUAAGAAAAAACAUAGGAUGCAUUAAAAGUGAAAAAUAUUCAAUAGCAAAAGUCGAGUAAGCGCUGCAACCGAAAAUGACAAA